UCACGGUAUUGUUACAUUCGUCUUCGAAAACGAAAAUUAAGUUGUUACUGUUAGUUGGUUACCUGACACUCAGAACCUAAGAGAACGGUUUAUAACACUGACAACACCUGUUAACUGAAGCUUACCCCGUAUAAAAAGUCUAACUAAAUGGAGGCCCAGAUGACCGAUGGCCCGCCCCCGGCGUAUGAAUCAACAAUAAUGAGUUCCAACAUUCCUCCCUCCUACUCAAACACACCCGCUGAUGCCCCUCCCCCUUCCUAUGACUCGCUGUACGGGAAAGUGAAGGCUGCCAAACAGUCGUCUGACGGGAAUGUGGACUUCUGCAAGAAAUUCAUGAUGAUCAUCUGUGGAACAAUUGGAUGUACAAUCAUGCUAGCCUUUGUGUUGGCCAUUCCUAUAACAAUGAUUGUAAUGGGCGCUAUACACAAGAAUGACUGCCCAGCAGAGCGCAUGAUCCCCAUCUACCUGAUUGUGGGCGGAUCGUUCGGAAUCAUUAAAAACCUCUCAAGUCUCCUGCAGCGUUGCAUGAACAAGGACGAUGAAGACAGAGAUGAGAAGAAUGCAAAGACCAACCCAUUUGACGCCACGCUGAACUUGUUCCUCUUUGCAUGGUUUAUUGCUGGAAAUGUCUGGAUUUACCGCACACAUGAUGAAUGGUCCAAGGACCCCACACAUGCUAACUACUGUGAGCCGUCCCUCUAUUGGUUUGCCUUCUGGCUGACAACCGCCAUGUACAUCCUCAUGGGUAGUAUGUGCUGCUGCAUUUGUUGUGGCGGAAUACUGGCUGCAUGCUGUGGAGCACUCAAUUCCAGUUAGAAUUGCUCUUUUGAGGGUGUGUUUUUAUCGGCUGUUUGUGCAUUUGAAGUAAAAUACUUUGAUGUAAAAAGAAUAUGUGGACUUAAAUUUUUCAAAUUUGAUAACAAUUUGUACCAUCAAGAGCAUAUUAAAUGGACAUGCUUUAAAUUUGUCUGAAAUAUAAAAGUUAUAUUUUACUCUAUAAGGAAUAAUAGUAAAAUAAAAGAUUAAAUUAAUUGAGCUGUAUCUUGCAUAGAUGUGUGUUAUGUUUAAACUGACCUGAGCACAACUUGCUCAUGGGGAGCUUUUGUGAUCGCCUUUUGUCCGUCGUCCAUCGUGCGCUGUGCGUUGUUCGUUGUGCGACGUCAACAUUUGCUUUGUUCAUUCUCUAGAUGCAACAUUCAUUGUCCAAUCUUCAUGAAAUUUAGUCAGAAGAUUGGUUUCAAUGAUAAUUUGGAUGAGUUCGAAAAUGGUUACAUUUGCUUGAAAAACAUGGCUGCCAAGGGGCGGGGCAUUUUUCCUUAUAUGGCUAUAGUAAAAUCUUGUUAACACUCUAGAGGCCACAUUUAUUGUCUGAUCUUCAUGAAACUUGGUCAGAAUAUUUAUCUCAAUAAUAUGUUGGACGAGUUCGAAAAUGAUGCCGGUUGGUUGAAAAACAUGGCCGCCAGGGGGCGGGGCAUUUUUCUUUAUAUGGCUAUAGUAAAACCUUGUUAACACUCUAGAGGCCACAUUUAUUUUCCGAUCUUCAUGAAACUUGCUGAGAAGAUUUGUCCCACUGAUAUCUUUGAUGAGUUCAAAAAUGGUAACCUUUGCUUAAAAAACAUGGCUGCCAAGGGGCGGGGCAUUUUUCCUUAUAUGGCUAUAUAUGGCUAUAUUAAAAUCUUGUUAACACUCUUGAGUCCAAAUUUAUUUCCAAUCUUAAUGAAACUUGGUCAGAAGAUUCAUCCCAAUAAUAUCUUGGACGUGUUUUAAAAUGAUGCCGGUUGGUUGAAAAACAUGGCCGCCAGGGGGCGGGGCAUUUUUCCUUAAAUGGCUAUAGUAAAACCUUGUUUACACUCUAGAGGCCACAUUCAUUGUCCAAUCUUGAUGAAAUUUGGUCAGAAGAUUUGUCCCAAUAAUAUCUUGUUAUCUCAGGUGAGCGACUUUGGGCCUUUCAGGCCCUCUUGUUAUGUUUUAUGCGUCAAACAUACCUCCAAACUAGCCUGUGCAUUUGCGCAGUCUGGUCAGGAGCUACUAUGUUGGCUAUAAAGUCAUGCAAGGUUUCGUGGUCUCUACAGAUGACAAUAUUACUCUUAACAAGAUUAUUCAGAUGUAGAGGCAUGUCUGGAGCUACACUGUUCGGAUAUGUCAUAAGGCCCAUUUUUGCACGAUGCAGCUUAAUUAAGAUUUGUUUCCAAAACAGCCCUGCAAACUAAAGAGUUUUCAUAAAAUCUUCAGUUUUUGUUUUUACUCUUAUAUAAACAUAAAAUUUUGAUUAAACACAAUAUUCACCCUGAAACUUACAAUAAAUAAAUUUAUAUACAAACAAAAAUAUUACUUAAAACAUGUAAUCAAUAGAUUGUUCAAUAUUUUGUAAUAUUUUAGAGUUUCUACAUAAAUUAUUUUCAUGGACUGCUCAAGAAACAAGAACAUUUUUUUGUAAGUUGCCUUUAAGUAGUGUGAUCAUACAUACAUUUGUAUUUCUUACAUUUUGCUAAAUAUGACUUUUUGGAGAUUUUUGUCUAGGGCUGGUGUACAGAAUAUUACCCUAUUAUGCAAACAAGGCACAUUUACGUUUAUAACUUGUACGAUUUUUAUUACAUAUGAUAGUUAUUGCAUAGCAUAGAUUCUUUUGAAAGUUAAGAGUUCAAUCGAUUACUUGAAUUAUAAUUGCAAAGUAGGGAAUAGCAGAAAUGUUUAGCUGUUGAUAAGUACACAAAACUCAUAUACAAUUUUGCAUUAUCUGUCUUUUUGUUUUCUCUUUCUGUUGUUUUUUUCCAAAGAUUUUACAUUAAUUUUGUUAUUGUUAAAUGUGAUUUAAAGAUUAAUUAUUUGUAGUUUAAGUGACAACAUUUUUGUAAAGACAAAUAAUUGUUAGCAUUUGCACAUUAAACAAACUUAUUUUUAUAUUAUUUCUUAAUUAUUAUACUCUUCUGUUGUUUACUCUUGUUAAGUUUUUAUUUUUGUUUUUAGCUCACCUGAGCACAACGUGCUCAUGGUGAGCUUUUGUGAUCGCCUUUUGUCCGUCGUCCGUCGUGCGUUGUGCGACGUCAACAUUUGCCUUGUUCACUCUCUAGAGGCCACAUUUAUUGUCCAAUCUUAAUGAAAUUUGGUCAGAAGAUUGGUUUUAAUGAUAUCUUGGAUGAGUUCGAAAAUGGUUACGUUUGCUUGAAAAACAUGGAUGCCAAGGGGGCGGGCAUUUUUCCUUAUAUGGCUAUUUAUGGCUAUAGUAAAAUCUUCUUAACACUCUAGAGGCCACAUUUAUUGUCUGAUCUUCAUGAAACUGGGUCAGAAGAUUCAUCCUAAUAAUAUCUUGGACGAGUUCGAAAAUGAUGCCGUUUUUUUUAAAAACAUGGCCGCCAGGGGGCGGGGCAUUUUUCCUUAUAUGGCUAUAGUAAAACCUUGUUAACACUCUAGAGGCCACAUUUAUUUUCCGAUCUUCAUGAAACUUGCUCAGAAGAUUUGUCCCACUGAUAUCUUUGAUAAGUUUAAAAAUGGUAACCUUUGCUUGAAAAACAUGGCUGCCAAGGGGCAGGGCAUUUUCCUUAUAUGGCUAUAAUAAAACCUUGUUAACACUCUAGAGGCCACAUUUAUUGUCCAAUCUUGAUGAAAUUUUGUCAGAAGAUUUGUCUUAAUGAUAUCUUGGAUGAGUUCGAAAAUGGUUACAUUUGCUUGAAUAACAUGGCCGCCAAGGGGCGGGGCAUUUUUCCUUAUAUGGCUAUAUAAGGCUAUAGUAAAAUCUUGUUAACACUCCAGAGGCCACAUUUAUAGUCCGAUCUUCAUGAAACUCGUUCAAAAGAUUCAUCCCAAUCAUAUCUUGGAAGAUUUAAAAAAUGAUGCCGGUUGGUUGAAAAACCUAGUUAACACUCUAGAGGCCACAUUUAUUGUUCAAUCUUCAUGAAAUUUGGUCAGAAGAUUGGUCUCAAAGAUAUCUUGGAUUGGUUGAAAAUAAUUAUGUUUGCUAGAAAUUGCUUUCAAGGGGCGGGGCAUUUUUUGUCCUUAUAUAACUAUAGUAAACUCUUGUUAACACUCUAGAGGCCACAUUUACUGUCCGAUCUUCAUGAAACUUGGUCAGAAGAUUCAUCCUGAUAAUAUCUUGGAUGAGUUUAAAAAUGAUGCUGGUUGGUUGAAAAACAUGACUGCCAGGGGGCGGGGCAUUUUUCCUUAUAUGGCUAUAGUAAAACCUUGUUAACACUCUAGAGGCCACAUUUAUUUUCCGAUCUUCGUGAAACUUGGUCAGAAGAUUUGUCUCAAUAAUAUCUUGUUAUCUCAGGUGAGCGACUUUGGGCCUUUCAGGCCCUCUUGUUUGUUUAAUCCAGAUAUACAUAUAUAUUUGUAAGUUUGAUACUACAUUUAUUUCAUGUCUUAGUUUAGCUUUUUUUCACACAAAUAAUGUGAUUACAUGGAUUUAUUGACAAUAACUAAUGGGAUUUAUUACCUCGCCUACUUAGAUUAAAGCCUGUCAAACAACAUUGACUGUGUAUGAUUGUUUUAACAAGACAUGUCCUAUGAAAUAAGUACUGUCCUAGAUUUCUGAAUAGUUCAAAAUUUCGAAAUCUUAAAAAAAUCUCUUUAUAGAUAUCUGAACAGUAGAACAUUUUUAUGCCCCCGGAUCGAAAGAUCGGGGGUAUAUUGUUUUUGGCCUGUCUGUCUGUCAUUCCGUCAUUCUGUCAUCAAAACUUUAACCUUACAUUAAAGUUUUUGAAUAACUUUUGAAAUAUUGAACAUAGCAACUUUAUAUUUGGCAUGCAUGUGUAUCUCAUGGAGCUGCACAUUUUGAGUGGUGAAAGGUCAAGGUUAUCCUUCAAGGACAAAGGUUAAAAAAAAAAAAAAAAAACAACUUAAACCUUACAUUGAAGUUUUGCAAUAACUUUUUAAAUAUUCAACAUAGCAACUUCAUAUUUGGCAUGCAUGUGUAUCUCAUGGAGCUGCACAUUUUGAGUGGUGAAAGGUCAAGGUCAUCCUUCAAGGUCAAAGGUAAAAAAAAAGUGGCGCAUUAGGGGACAUUGUGUUUCUGACAAACACAUCGUUUGAAUUAUAUAAAAUCGCAUUGUUAGGUUGUCAAGUAUUUAUGUAAAAUUAAAUGACAUGUGUUUAUCUUUUGUACAUGUUUUACAUCAUCCUAAGUGUUACUUUUAUCUCCACAAAGCCACAUACUGAAUUUUACUUUGGUUCUAGACUUAAUAUUUGUUAAGAAUAGGCUCCCUUUGAAUGAACAAUUCCAUAAAAGGGGAAUAUGUUGUACCUGAUAAGCAUGUGCAGUUUUCUUAGAUGGCGACUCAAAUAGUUUGUAAUUUCUAAUCCAUUCUUAAUGGCAUCAUUUCUUAAGGAGUUGACUGUAUAAACAAUAGAUCUUUUUUAAUUUAAAAAACCCCAGUUUAUAAUUAAAGCUGAAACAUACUGGUAAAUAAAAUAUUGCAAUGGUUCAGAGCUCAAAUUUAAACGUUCUUAAUUAUUGGAACACAGUUUUACAUUUUAAAGGCCAGCAAAAGCUUUUGGAGGAGAUUGAUAUAGGAAUCAUUCUGGAAGGUGGUGUUGUUUACUUUUAAGGUCAGUUUUACUUAUCAAUACAAAAAUACCCUUACAUGUAUAUCCUCUUCAGUUGAUAUUUUUGUAUCUGUUAUCAGCAAUAAUUGUGUAAACAGUACUCGCUAUUUUAUUGUCACGUGUUUCAAUGUGCUACCAUAUAUUAUCACACACACACAUUUUGUACUUCACUGAAAUGUAUACAUUUGAAUAUUAUUAUAUUUUAUUAUUUAGACAAUUUAACCUAUAGGCAAUACAUGAUUGUUUGAUUCAGAUAAAUAAAAAUAAAAAAAAUUGUAAUGGUGCUUCUAUAUCCAGGGUUAAAAAUAAUAUUGUAAUUCCUUUUGUAAAUGAAUUAGUUCUGUAUCAUUAUGAAACAUUCCUUGAGUUAGAGUGCAUGUACUUCAUCAUGGUUUGAAGUUAUUGUUGGAAUAUCGUUCUCAUUCAAAUCUGUUUUCUAAGAAAUUUCUAAGAAAUUUUCAACAAAUAUUUCUCAAAACAUGGUUAUGAAACGAAACAUUAUGGAAAAAAAGGAUUAAAUCUUAGAGUUUUGCACAAAAAAAAUGUUAUUUUGUCCAAGUUCUUAGGUAUUUUAUUUAAAUGGAACAGUAAAAAAAACAGUGUCAGACUGUUCAAGUGACUCCAAACAGACCAUACUGUAAGUAAUAAGUAAGGGUAAAUAUGAGUUCUGUGCUCAGAAAACACUGCUCAGGCUAAUCUAGGACGUCACUUUACACACAUGCAUUAAGCCCAGUUUCCUCAGAACGCGACUCAUAUCAUUAGAUACUUACAAUGCAUAAUUCUGUGCAACUAUAUAUUUUAUCAUCACCCGUCACUAAUAAAUACAGCUUAACUCCAAGUGAAAUACUUUGAUAUAUGAAACACUCUGAUGCAAUUGCAGAGAUGUAGUUGGGUUCUACAUUAAUCCAUUUAUGACUAGCGUCUAGAAAAAAGGUCUUGGCAUGAUGCAGCGUCUCAUCAGGGUCUGCGCUGUUUGCUUAAAGGAAUUCCUGUAAGAAAUAUUCUAAUUUUGGAAAUAAAUUGAUCUAAUUUAGAAGGAUGGGAGAGGUCACUAGGCAUAAAUGGGUUAAAUAUUGCUUUUGUUGUACAAAUAUCAUUUUGGGAAGUCCCAUGGCUGUUGUGUAUUUUUUGUAAUAAAUAAUUACAUGUAUUUAUGUAUUUACAUUGCCUGUAUUGGCAUUUGCCAUGUAGGGUAAGUUUUGUUAUGAGUAUAUACUUAUUUAUAUUUGGUGUUAUUCUUUUUUAAUACUUAUUGAUCCAGUUUCAUUUAUCUUUGCACAAUUGAUAAUCAUGGUGUUUUCAAAUAAAUUUAUAAAUUCUUAA